GCGGUGCCGCGGAGCGGGGCAGGUCCUUGUGACUGGACACCAUGCCUCUUCCAGAAACCAUGUUCUGUGCUCAGCAGAUCAAAAUCCCCCCGGAGCUACCUGAUAUUCUGAAGCAAUUUACUAAAGCUGCUAUUAGGACUCAGCCUUACGAUGUUUUGCAGUGGGCAGCUGCGUAUUUUUCAGCCUUGUCUAAAGGUGAACCCCUUCCUGUGAAGGAGAGGAUCGAAAUGCCUUUAGCAACAGAAAAAAAAGAUGCUGGUUUGACCCCAGGACUCCUUAAGGUCUUGCACAAACAGCUUUCUUCCAAAGGCACAGUGACUGUUGAAGAACUGAAGGAAAAAUGGAAGCACUUGGCCUUGCCAGAGGAGCAGCUGGAAGCUAUUCUGCAACUGGACAGUUUUCAGGAGAAUGUGGAAUGGAUGAAGUUUCUGGCACUUGGAUGCAGUGUGCUUGGUGGGUCCUUACUGAGUUCAAUGAAACAGGCCUGUGAGAUCCUUACAAGAGACCCAGAAGGUGGAGCAGCUCGAAUUCCCUUCGAAACAUUCUCGUUCCUUUAUUCGUAUUUGGCCAAUAUCGAUGGAGAGAUAUCAGAGACAGAAAUUAAAGCAUUCCUCAAGGGAAUUAAAGAACAAGCGGACAAACACUAUGGCAUGGUGCUGAUCAGACACUUCCUGCCAUACUCCUUCAUAUUUUAUUGAUCAACCCUACUCUUCAGCAUGAGGUGAGAGGAAGAAAUAAAAGGAAGGAAUAAAUAAGUUCAAGAAAAUAAUUUGUGUUCAAAGUACCGUAAUUUGCACAUUUCAGAACAACAUGAUCCUCUUCUCUGGCAUUUCCUUUUCUUUGUCCCACUCUUGGGAUGGCCCUUCAGGGAAUGUUAAUUGAAUACUGGUUAUAUUGUUCUCCUGCCUCUCAGAUAGUGAUGGCCAUCCCUAGGGAGCGAUCCCUUCACUCAUCUGCUUAUAUUGAACAGAAGUUGUUUUGUUACUGAGCUUCCUACCUACAAUUAGCAAGUGAUUGUUAAGUAAAACAUGGAAUUCAGUAGACUGGCAGCUGUAACUGGAGCAAUUCUUAUUAUUCUUCUGGUAGCUCUGACUUCACUUUGACUCUGGCACAAAUACAGCUGGUCCUGUAUUUGUCCUGAUGCCUGGACAUCCUGUAUUUAAACAAACUGUUUUAGCAGGCCCUACUGAAAGAACUUAAUGCGAACCCUGUGGCUGAGCUGGUCGACAAAACCAGUGCAAGGACUGCAACGGUUCCAUAUUUUCCCUCUAAUUAGACCCU